CUCUGUCUUUGCUUGGCUUGUGUUACAGAACAGUAUAGUGCUUUCUGCUGCUAUUGUCAUCACCCUGACUGGCCUGAUUAUAUACCUGCACUUUGUGAAGGUUGACCAGGAAUCCCUGCUGGUCAUCGGCUCACUUGGCAUUCAGGUGACUUCCUCCUACGCUUCUGGGAAGGAGAGCACAACCUUCAUCGAGAUGGGUCAAGUGAAGGAUGUGGUUAUCAAUGAAGCCAUCCAUAUGCAAAAAGUUAUCUACUACCUGUGCAUCCUCCUCCAGGACCCUGGAGAUCCUCAGGGAAUAUCUGAGGUUGUGCCACUCUUUCAGAGCUCCAAGCCGCGUCUGGACUGCUUGAUAGAAGUGUACAAAAGUUGUCAAGAAAUCCUGGAGCAGAGGAAGACAGCUCCACAAUCAAGUGGAAUAAAAUAGGAGAAAAAAUAUCAAG